AAGAGCACGGAAAUAAAUGAAGCACUCAAGAAGUAGUGACUAUAGGUCAGCACACGAGGCUGCUCUCGUUAAUGAACUUUUAAAAGAAAUUAAGGAAGACGAUUGGGUACCGAACCUGGGCGCUGGCUGAACAAACACGAGUGAAUCUGUGGAAACGAAACCAAGUCGCCUCCCGGAGACAAGCUCGGGAGAAAGCGACAGGAUGGCCGGUAACGUGUCGCAGUCCGAGGCGGAUUACACGUGCCCCGUGUGCUGUGAUAUAUUUAAGGAUCCAGUGCUCUUGUUGUGCGGCCACAGCUUCUGCAAGUACUGUCUUAAGGAGUGGUGGAGACAAAGUAGACUCCAGGCGUGCCCGGUCUGCAAGGAAAUAUUUCCGAUGGCUCAGCCUCCGCGUAAUCUGGCGCUAAGAAACCUGUCUGACACCUUGAGACGAGAGAGGGGUCAGAGAGCGACCUCAGGAUCUAAGGAGCUUUGCAGCCUGCACAGCGAGAGGCUCAAACUCUUCUGUCAGGAUGAUCAACAGCUCAUCUGCGUGAUUUGUAGGGAUGCACAGAAACACAAGAAACACAACUGCGUCCCCGUCGAUGAAGCAGCAGCAGACCUUAGGACCAAACUCAGGGUUGAGCUGAUGCAUUUAAAAAGCAAACUGGGAUCAUUUAAAGCACAAAAAGUCAACUGUGAUAAAAUGGCCAGACACAUCAAGCUCCAGGCUCAGCAGACGGAGAGGACAAUCGGAGAGGAGUUUCAGAAGCUUUACCGGUUCCUGAGAGCAGAGGAGGCUGCCAGGCUAGAUGCGGUGAGGAAGGAGGCGACACUCAAGAGUGAGGCGAUGAACAUCAGGAUCGUUAAUUUGGACGCGGAGAUCUCCUCGCUCGCAGACAAAAUCCAAACCAUAGACAAGGAGAUAAAAGCUGAGGACUACUCAUUCAUGCUGAAUGUCAAAUCCACUUUGGAGCGGUCAAAGUGCAAACUCUCAGAACCAGAGACUCCAGUGGGGGCCCUGAUCGAUGAGGCCAAACAUCAAGGGAAACUGCUUUUCGCAGUCUGGAUGAAGAUGAAGAGUAUAAUCAAAUACACCCCUGUAACCCUGGACCCAAAUACCAGUGGCCCACAACUGAUUCUGUCGGAGAAUUUGAGUCAUUUGUCAGAGAGUAAGAGGGCUCACCGGCUUCCUAACAACCCAGAGCGAGAAGGCCUCUUUACUGUUCUCUGCCACGAAAGCUUCAGCUCCGGGAAACACAGCUGGGAUGUGGAGGUGGAUGGUACUUGGGCCGCUGGUGUGGCUACUAGAACCAAGCACAAAACCUCUCCAAGGGUCUGGGGCAUUUACGCGUAUGGUUCCAACGAUUAUUUGUUUGAACUUACCACAGACAAAUCAUUAGAUUCCAUAUCAAGAGAUAUAUUACCCAAAAAGGUCAGAGUGCAGCUAGAUUACGACCAAGGGCUACUAUCAUUUUUUGACCUUGACAGAAAAGCACUUGUACACAUCAUCAAACACACUUUCAGAGAUCCAGUUUUUCCAUAUUUUAAUGCGACUGUAAAAAUCCUUCCAGUUGAUGUGUCAGUGAGGAUAAGACAACCCACAUAAACAUUCUGCAUUACUGCAGAGGCCAGACAACAAGAUGAAAUCCUGUCUCCUAGAAAUGACUGUUAUAUACAACUAAUUUGCAAUAACAAAUAUAUUUUAAAGGGAACAUAAUUUUGAUUAUUAUUUCUAUUGACAUAACAAGAAUCUGUUGUCAGUUAACAUAUUUGGCAAGUCACAAGUUUGACUGAACACAUCAGUCAAAUAUCCAACAUAUUUGUUUUCUGCCAAAAUAUCCAAUCUUGCAGUACAAUAUCCACUUGUAGUGACUACAGUAUUAUUAAACUUUGUUAUAGUUAUGUUUAGGCACUCACAGCACUUAGGACAGGUUAGGGAAAGAUUGUGGUCUGGUUUAAUAUAGGAAAAGUUCACAGUGACUUCAGACACCACAUGUUUAUUUACAUUUCAACUUUUGUUGCCUAACCACAGAAAUGACUAUGAAUAUGAACUCCGAUCUGUGAUGCCACAGUCUUGAGCUUUGUACACCUACCAUCCAACCCAACCUCUUCCUGGCAACUCUGGGACUAUUCAUCGAUUCAGUGCUCCAUUCAAAAAAUGUUGCCUCUGAACAUAAUCCACGCAGCAAUUACAUUUAUCGCCACAACGUAAUUGGGAUAACAAUUUUGUAAUAAAUAUAAACCUAAUUUUGAAGAGACAGGAUUGCAAGAUGAAUCCUUGAUAUGGCCUUAUUUUGGGACCUCCAGCGUUGUUUAUGUGUUAACUCAGAUAACCACUCUUUACGACCGUGCUGAGCAGAGAAGCAUCUCAGAGUGAACAGCCUGUUGAACCUUGAAGCGGAUGGGCCCCAACAGCAGAAGACCAUGUCGGUUUCCCCUCCUUAAGCCGAGAACAGAAAUCUGAGGCUGCAAUGGGCACAGGCUCACCGGAACUGGACUGUUGAAGACUGGAAAAACGUAGCCCGGUCUGAUGGAUCUCGAUUUCUGAUGAGUGUACGCAGAUGGAAGGGUCAGAAUUAGGCACACCGUGAAGGACCCAACCUGCCUUGAGUCAACAGCCCAGGCUGGUGGUGGUGGUGUGAUGGUGUGGGCGAUGUUAUCUUGGAACAUUUUGGGGCCCUUAAUACAAAUUAGUCAUGUUUUACAUGCCAGAACCUGUCUGAGUAUUGUUGCUGACCACGUGCAUCCCUAUAUGGCCACAAUUUACCCAUUUGCUAAUGGCUACUUCCAGCAUGAUAACGCACCAUGUCCCUUGCAUUAUCUUGUGACAAACCUUGCCACAAAAGGUCGUCUCAAACUGGUUUCAUUAACAUGACAAUGAGUUCAGUGUACUUCACUGGCCUCCCCAGUGACCAGAUCUGAAUCCAAAAGAACACCU